AUGCCUUCUUAUCUCAUCACUGGCGUCAACCGCGGUAUCGGUUGGGGUUUCUUGCAGCACCUCUCUGCUGAUACCAACAACACCGUCAUUGGCACAGUUCGCAACAAGGCUGCUACAGAGAAGCGAGUCGCCGAAGAGCUUGAUGGCAGAGCCAACAUCCACAUCCUAGAGGUUGAGCUGACUGAUUACGAAAGCAUCAAGGCUUCCGUUGGAGAGGUCACCAAGUUGACGGGUGGCAAACUGGACUAUCUCAUUGCCAACGCUGGGUUUAUCUCAGAUUGGUCAUCCGUAUUCUCGCUUGGCAAGCUUGGCCAGAGCCCCAAGGAGCUAGAGGACGACCUCAUCUACAGCUUCAAGGUGAAUGCUGUGGGACCUGUUCAUCUUUUCAACCUCUAUCUGCCCCUGGUCUUGAAGGGAGAUGCCAAGAAGGUCAUUGCAAUUACUUCGGGCAUGGCUGAUCUGGACUUGAUCAACGACUAUCGGAUCGACGUGGCUGGUCCUUAUUCCAUCAGCAAAGGCGCUCUAAACGUGGCGGUUUCCAAAUUUCACGCGCAGUAUGCCGAUCAGGGCGUUUUGUUCAUGGGAAUAUGCCCUGGCACAGUCGAGACUGGCCAUUAUGACGAUUUGAGCGAAGAGGCACAGGAUGGCGCCAUGAAGUUGACAGAAAAGUUCAACAAGUACGCACCUGGCACUAAGCCCAAGACUCCGGAGGCAGCUGUCGUGAAGGUCUUGGAAGUGGUAUACGGAUCGAGCCUCGAGAAUGGGCGUGGUGGAGCCUACAUCUCUCACCUGGGUACCAAAAGAUGGCUCUGA